AGAGGAAGUUCAUUGCAAUUGCAGUUGCAGAGUGCAAUACUAGGUAAAACCAUGAAGAAUCAAGUCUCUAGUCAAGUGAUCCAAAUUUCAAGAAGCUCAGCAGCAUAUUUACUUGGUAAAUCAAGAAAAAGAAUAUUGCAGAAUGGUCAUUCAGAUGAAUAUCCCAAAGUUGAAAAAGGUGGAGUGGAAUCAUUGAUCAGUAGGAAAUACAGAUUCGGCAUCAAAAUGGACAAUUUUGCAAAAGGCAUCCGAGAGCAUGUUAGAUUGGCACCAAAGUUAACAGAAACAGUCAAGGGGAAGUUGAGCUUGGGGGCAAGAAUUCUUCAAGUAGGUGGUGUGGAGAAGGUGUUCAAGCAGCUUUUCAGCGUCACGGAUAGUGAAAAAUUGUUGAAGGCCUCUCAAUGCUAUUUGUCAACAACAUCAGGUCCAAUUGCAGGUCUACUUUUCAUUUCUACGAAUAAAGUUGCCUUCUGCAGUGAAAGAUCAAUCAAAAUUCCUUCUCCAACAGGAAAGCAACUCAGAAUCUAUUAUAAGGUUUCAAUCCCGUUGAGAAAGAUAAAGAGAGCAAGUGCAAGUCAGAAUUUUGAAAAACCAUCACAGAAGUAUAUGGAAGUAGUUACACAGGACAAAUUUGAGUUCUGGUUCAUGGGAUUCUUAAAUCUCCGAAAGACCUUAAAGUCCCUUCAGAAGAUGAUGGCAUCUCAUGCUCACUGACUAACAAAAAGUCGGUGAAGCAUCACCAUUUAACAAGCCUUCACACCCUUUUUUCUCUUGAGAUGCAUAGAUUGUACAUGGAAGAUAGCAAAAUCUACUUGUAGAUAUUGUAAUGCAGGAUUACCAAUUAUUACCAAAAUUGUAAUGCUCUUGUGAUUAAUAAAGAUUUUGGAGCA